CACUUGUUGUCGGAAUCAUUAAAUAGCAAGUUCUUACAGUACUUCCUGCAUGAGCUGGGUUUAAAUCAAUGUUUGCAUAGUACGGGCUAUGAGCGUUUGUAUUAUAAUCAACACAUUUGUUCGAUCGUUUCAAAACAAAUUAACGGAUAUCAGUGUUUACUUAACUUAAAAAUCUGUGCCAGAACUCAAUUCGUUGAUAUAAAGGCGCCAUGUUGGGAAACAUCGGAAAUGUCGUCUGCUUCAUCAUCGUCCUCAUGACGUCACACCACGUUACCGGACAGGCGCAUGACGUGGCACAGUUGAGCAAAAGGCUGACGAUCCUCAAGAAUUCCGUUGAUGACGAUAUCGGCGACAUCCGGCUCGAGAUCAUGGAUCUGAAGAUGAUUGUCGAGCAGAUUGGAGUCGGUCAGAGGAACGCUAGCGAUGGAUCCAUUAUUGGCCAUCGAAUGACAGAUAUUAAUCAAAGGGAGAUUACAGAUCUCAAGAAUAAGUUGAAUGCACAUGAAAGCCGACUGAACAGAUUAUUUAGUGCUGUCAGCGAAAUUCAAGUGGACAAUUCGGCACUUAAAAGUAAAGUCAACCAAUUGGUCGUAGAGAAAGAGGAUAAAGCAAAUGCUGAACUUCUCAGGUUGAACGCAGGGAUUGAAACAAAUUUUGACGAUAAAUUCAACGCUCUUCAAAAGAAGUUUGAAGAAACCGCAGCUGUUAUGAUGAAAGGUUACAAGGACCUUAAGACGCACGUGUUCGAUCAAACAAAUACCCUUUCCCAGUCCAUGAUCUCCGAACAAAACAAACUGAGUAUAAAGAUUGACAAGGCAAUCGUUCGACUGGAUGGUGAAGUGAACAAACUCGAAGUCAACGCAUUGGUCGAGAAAAAUGAAAGAAACGAAUUGAUGAAGAACUUUAAAGCUGAACUUCUCCAGUUGAACGCAGGCGUUGAAACGAAAUGCGACGACAGAGUCAACACUCUUCAAAAGAAGCUUAAUGAAACCGCAGCGCUGAAUAUGGCAGGUAACAAAGAUCUGGAGACGCGAAUAUCGGAUCAAAUGAAUAUCUUUUCACAGUCGCUGAUCUCCGAACAAAACAAACUGAGUAUAAAGAUUGACAAGGCAAUCGUUCGAGUGGAUGGUGAAGUGAACAAACUCCAAGUCAACGCAUUGGUCGAGAAAAAUGAAAGAAACGAAUUGAUCAAGAACUUAAAAGCUGAACUUCUCCAGUUGAACGCAGGCGUUAAUAAGAAAUGCGACGACAGAGUCAACGCUCUUCAAAACAAUUUGAGUGCGAGGAUUGACAAGGCAGAUGCUUAUAUAGUAAAACUGGACGCUUCGAUAAAAGACCUGAAAACACAUAUUGGGAAGCUACCAUUCUCAGCCAACGGGUACCUCGUGAAGAGGAUAUUCGGAAGUGACCUAAGAAAGCACAUCGAAAUCGGGUCCAGGGUCGUGCGUGGUACAGACUGGGAUCGUGGUGACACGGUAUAUUGCGCGCGCUGGAUGACUACAUUUUUCAUGAAUCAAAGCAUUUUCUCGAAAGACGGCGGGGGUCCGGGCACCGUGACUGAUGUAGACUCGGUGAACGGCAGGGUGUGGGUCGAGUGGGACAUGUACAGGGGCGUUGGCCGCGUUCAACGCAUGGGCUCCGAAGGCAAAUACGAUCUGUUUAUAUUGACGGAUGGACAAUAA